AUGGUAGUGUCGCUAGACGUGCGCAACGCGUUCAACUGCGCCAACUGGACGUCGAUAGGUGCUGCGCUCCAACGGAUGCAGGUGCACCCGGAGCUGCUGCGUGUGCUGGGCAGCUACUUCACCGGUCGUACCCUGCUGUAUGGAACCAACCGCGGGGUGAAGGCGCGCAACCUCACGGCAGGCGUUCCGCAGGGCUCAAUCCUUGGACCGACCCUCUGGAAUGUGAUGUACGACGGUGUCCUGUCGCUGCCACUUCCAGAGGGUGUGCGGAGUGUCGGCUUCGCGGACGACCUGGCGCUCAUCGUGCGGGCUGUCAACGUGGAGAAAGCCAGAGAGGCCGUCGAGGACGCCGUGCGGCGUAAGGCAAUAGAGGCGUUCUCCGGUGAGGUUAAACGGUUGUGUCACACAGAGAAACGUAAAGAUUUCGUAUCGGAGGCGUAUUUGCUUACACUAGGCAAAUUUAUCAACAUGUUUGCGGUGUUGGACGAGUUGAAAAAUAUGAAAUCAAGCGUCAAGAAUGACUACAGUACGUACCGUCGGGCAGCCCAGUUUCUAAAAGUAAUGACGGAUUCACACAGCCUACAAGAGUCUCAAAACCUAUCAAUGUUUCUUGCGACACAGAACAAGAUACGUGAUACGGCAAAGGAUACUCUUGAGAAGAUUACUGGCUACGAGGAGUUACUUUCUGACGUAGUAAACAUUUGCGUACACAUGUAUGAAUCAAAGAUGUACAUGACUCCGGAGGAAAAGCAUAUGCUGGUAAAGGUAAUUGGUUUCGGCCUGUUUUUAAUGGACUCUGAAAUCUGCAAUAUCAACAAGUUGGACCAAAAGAAAAAGUUGCGGCUUGAUCGAAUUGAUCGAAUCUUUAAAAAUCUUGAAGUGGUUCCUUUGUUUGGUGACAUGCAAAUUGCGCCGUUCAAUUACAUCAAACGCAGUAAGCACUUUGAUCCGAGCAAAUGGCCACUGUCAAGUUCAACGGCAAUAAGUCCGCAGGCGGAUCUCAUGGUACAUCUUCCUACGAUUCGUGAGGAUCACGUAAAGUACAUCUCGGAGUUGUCGAGAUACAGUAAUGAAGUAACGACCACUUAUAAGGAUAACGCAACUGAUGCAGAGAACCGCGCGACUGCCGAUCUAGCUCUAAGAGGGCUGCAGCUAUUGUCGGAGUGGACAUCGGUAGUUACAGAACUUUACUCGUGGAAACUAUUGCAUCCGACUGAUCACCACCUUAACAAGGAAUGCCCAUCUGAGGCAGAAGAGUAUGAGCGAGCGACGCGUUAUAACUACACUGAGGAUGAAAAGUUUGCGCUAAUAGAAGUGAUUGCGAUGAUUAAGGGCUUGCAGGUUCUGAUGGCACGCAUUGAAACGGUUCUUUGUGAGGCAAUUCGACGUAACAUUUAUGCGGAACUGCAAGACUUCGUGCAACUGGUAUUACGCGAACCACUGCGAAAAGCGGUUAAAAACAAGAAAGACCUGAUCCGAUCGAUCGUGAUGUCAGUGAGGGAAACAUGUGCUGAUUGGCAAAAGGGCACCGAACCUUCCCUAGAUCCAGCUCUUAAGGGCAAGAAGGACCCAGAUAGUGGUUUUCUGAUAAAUGUGCCACGUUUGAACGUGGGACCGUCUUCAACUCAAUUGUAUAUGGUGCGCACGAUGCUGGAGUCGUUGAUCGCAGACAAGUCGGGCGGUAAACGAACGCUACGCAAGGAUAUCGACGGUUCCUGUUUACUGCAGAUUGAUGUUUUUCACAAAGCAUCUUUUUACUGGAGUUACCUGCUUAGUUUCAGCGAGACGCUACAAAAGUGCUGCGAUCUCUCACAAUUAUGGUACCGUGAAUUCUACUUGGAAAUGACGAUGGGUCGAAAGGUUAACAAAUGCAAUGUUCGACAUCAGCACAACGAAGAGUGUAGUGAUUUGAUAACAAUGGAAAAACGAAUCCAAUUUCCGAUUGAGAUGUCAAUGCCGUGGAUUCUAACUGAUCACAUCCUGCGUACUAAGGAGCCAUCUAUGAUGGAGUAUGUACUGUACCCGCUUGAUCUGUAUAACGAUUCGGCACUAUAUGCCCUGACAAUUUUCCGUAAACAGUUUCUGUAUGACGAGGUUGAGGCGGAGGUGAACCUCUGCUUCGACCAAUUCGUGUACAAAUUAAGCGAACAGGUAUUUGCCCAUUAUAAGCAACUUGCUGGUAGUAUAUACAUGGAUAAACGGUUUCGCGUCGAAUGUGAAGUUCUUGGAAUCAAUUUUCAAUCGUAUCCGCGCAAUAACCGAUAUGAGACAUUAUUGAAGCAACGACAUGUCCAGUUACUCGGUCGUUCGAUCGACCUCAACAAGUUGAUCACGCAACGCAUAAACGCUGAUAUGCAAAAGAGCCUUGAGUUGGCAAUUUGCCGAUUCGAGGCGAGCGAUAUCACAGGCGUAGUCGAGCUGGAAGCCCUACUCGCAGUGAACAAACUCUGUCAUAAGUUACUAUCACGCUGGUUGGCACUGGAUGACUUUGACGCAAUGAUGAAAGAGGCAAAUCAUAAUGUGCUGGCACCGUACGGGCGUAUCACGUUGCAUGUGUUCGUUGAAUUGAAUUACGAUUUCCUUGCCAACUACUGUUAUAACGCCGCCACUAACCGUUUCGUGCGCAACAAGCUUCAGAUAUCUUUUUCGGGGCCGAUCACUCGCGAAAAAGCACCAAUUAUGGCGCACUACUACCUUUGGGGUUCAAAACCGUUGAAUGCAGCAUACACGGCACAAUAUGGUCAAUAUUCUGGGUUUGUCGGAGCGCCGCAUUUUCACGCUAUCUGUCGUUUACUCGGAUAUCAAGGGAUCGCUGUCGUUAUGGAGAUUAUUUUAAAAGACAUCGUAAAGCCAUUGGUCCAAGGAAAUUUGCUGCAGUUUACUAAGACUCUUAUGUCGGCGAUGCCAAAGAUGUGCAAGCUGCCAUUGUGCGAUUACGGAUCACCGGGUGUAUUGAGCUAUUAUCAGGCACACUUGGUAGACAUCGUUCAAUAUCCCGACGCGAAGACUGAACUAUUUCAAUCGUUCCGUGAAAUGGGCAAUUCACUAUUAUUUUGUUUAUUAAUCGAACAAGCCCUUUCGCAAGAAGAAGUUUGCGAUCUACUUCACGCCGCCCCUUUCCAAAAUAUUUUGCCCCGACCUUUCUGCAAGGAUGGUGAGAAGCCGGAGAACAAGCAGAAGCGUUUGGAGGCAAAGUACGCUUCGCUGCAAAUUGUACCGAAUGUGGAGAAGCUUGGAACCGCUAAGCAAGCGAUGAUAGCCCGCGAAGGAGACCUUUUGACACGUGAACGAUUAUGCUGCGGGUUGAGCAUAUUCGAAGUUAUUCUGGGUCGUGUCAAGACGUUUUUAGAUGAUCCAAUUUGGGCCGGACCACUUCCGAUAAACGGUGUAAUGCACAUCGACGAGUGCACCGAGUUUCACCGUCUCUGGUCUGCAUUACAAUUUGUUUAUUGCAUUCCAGUGGCUGGCACCGAGUACACGGUUGAAGAAUUGUUUGGUGAGGGAUUGCACUGGGCUGGAUGUACAAUAAUUGUAUUGUUGAACCAACAACGGAAGUUCGAAGCACUCGAUUUCUGUUAUCACAUACUCCGUGUGCAGCGGGUUGAUGGCAAAGAUGAUACCGUGAAGGGCAUCAAUCUCAAGCGGAUGGUAGACCGAAUCCGGCGGUUCCAAGUGCUGAAUUCACAGAUCUAUGCGAUCCUCAACAAAUAUCUCAAAAGCAAUGACAUAGAGGGUUCUAAUGUUGAACACGUUCGAUGCUUUCCUCCACCGCCCCAUCCGAGUGUGGCUCCUUCGCAUUAUCAUGACCCGAAUAAGCUACGUACACAGUAGCUUCAGAAUUUUUUCAUGCUCUACGAGAUCCCCACAGUGUUAGAAUUGUGUAAGAGACGUUUAUUGAAGGUACAUUCCUUUAUUCAUGUAAUAAAAGACGUCUUCUACACAAAUUGGAAUACGGUAGUGAUCUAAACAUAAUAUUAAUAAAAUUAUAAUCUUGAAAUUAUUGUUUUUCUAUUAAAACGAAAUUUAA